CAGCGAACUAAUACGGUAUCCGGUAAAUUGAUACUAAUAACAAAUAAAUAGUCGAUACAAUUGAUGUCUUCUUCUAAAGCAUGUUGUAAGUAGUAGCAUAUAGGCCGGAGGAUAUUGACUGAGUGAAGAAUUCCCCAUAAAAUAAAGGGACCGUUUUAGCAAAUUGUUGUAGGCUACUAGCAUAUGAAACCCAAGUAGUACGCUGUACAGCAUCCAAUAGAGUUUUAAUAAGUGAAUCUAUAUAUCGGGGAAUCGGAACUUGCUGGGGUUUCAUACUUUCUGCUGGUUCACCUUAGUGGACACUCAGACCGACCGACCGACCGACCGACCGACCGACCGGCUAGUGUGUGUUUGUGUGUGUGUGCGCGCUCGCUCCCACCGCCGCUGCCGCCCGCCAACCCUUCUGCAUUCUCCAUAUCUGAAAUUGAAUUGUCGCCCUAGAUUACCACUAUCCUGACGUAAAAGUUGUUCUCAGAUUCAGGGUGAUUUCAUAAUGUCCGCCUUGGAUGAAAUGGGAACUAGAGCCUCUUCUCAGCUAGAGUCAGUUGUCUACAAUUCAAAGAAGCUAGAAGAUGACAUACAUUCUCUUGGCCUGAAAAUCAAACAACACGAGGAGAACAUCAAUUUUCUAAAGCGUCAAAAACACCUUGUUGAUGACAAAAUUGUGGACAUGCAAGUUGCUCUUGGGAAGUAUCACUCGGCUGAUGCACAUACAUCAGAUAAUGGGGAUCCUUUUAAUAAGCAUGGUGAAGAGGAGACAGUUGAACAAAUCUUAAAAACUGAGAAUACUGCAGCUGCUCUAUUGUGUCAGUUGAAAAUUCAACACGCUUCCCAGGAUUCUCAAUUCUCAUGGAUGAAAGACGUUAUUGGUGUUGUUGCUACAAUUGGAAGAGUUGAAGACGAAAACCUUAGCUGGAUUUUGUCGGAGUAUUUGGGAACAGAGACCAUGCAAGCCGUUGUUUGCAGAACGCAUACUUGUGUCAAAUCUCUGGAAAUGUAUGAUAAAGAUGGUCGUGUUAAUGAAACUUCUGGUCUUUAUGGGUUUGGAGCUUCCAUUGGAAAAACUUUAGAGGGUCGAUUUCUUGCUAUUUGUCUGGAGAAUAUGAGGCCAUAUGUUGGAGAUUUUGUGGCUGAUGAUCCUCAAAGGAGGCUUGAUCUUCUCAAGCCGAAAUUGCCAACUGGAGAAACUCCUUCCGGCUUUUUGGGGUUUGCUGUGAAUAUGAUCAACAUCGACCAUAGCAAUUUAUACUUCGUCACCACUAAUGGUCUUGGUUUGCGAGAGACUCUUUUUUUCAACCUUUUUUCCUACUUGCAAGUGUACAAAACGAGGGAAGAUAUGUUACAGGCUCUCCCUCUCAUUGUUGAUGGUGCUGUUUCAUUGGAUGGUGGGAUUAUCACAAGUAAGGGUAUGUUUUACCUGGGAAAACGGACUGAUGUAGGUCUGAAAUUUCCCAAGUGCUCAAGAUCUGUUGUACCUGAUACCUAUUUUGUUGAUGAAACUGCAAUGAAGGAAGAAAAAUGGAAAAGGGAAAGAUUGCAGGACGAUAUACGGAGAGAACAAAUAGUAUUGGACCAAACAAAGUUCAAUUAUGAAAUAAAAAAGCAAGAGUUUUUGAAGAUGCUUGCCCAGUGCUCAACUUAUGCUACUAAUCAGCAACUGCAUCAGCCUGCUCGUGUGAGAUAAUAUUAGGGAAGCUACAGUUGAGAUCCAGGAUGAGAUAUCAUAAGCAUCUUAAAGAUGGAAGCGGCUCCUAUUACAACUGAUCGCUCGAGCCUAGAUGUCAUUUUGUACAAGGCCUUGUUCUGUCUUCAUUAUCUGGUUAUUAUCAUUAUUAUUGUUAUUGUUAUCUUGUAUGACAACCUUGUUCUCUUGACCAACUCAAAUUUGAAGCUUAAAAUGCAAAUUCUCGUCAUUCUUAUUUUGUGGGUUUGUAGUCUUUGUGUGUGUGUGUGUGUGUGUGU